AGGAAAAGUUGUUUAAGAAGGAAGGAGGAGACAUACUGUAAAGCAUGGUGUUCUCAGUAAUCUGAAACUGUGUUGUAUUAAGUGAUAUGUCUUCAAUUAUAACAUACUUUGUCUAUGAAUAAUAUGAGUCUCCACAGUAAAAGAAACCCUUGUGCCUUACAGAUUCCAUGAAAUCCAGUGAAAAAUAGUCAGGAUGAUCAAGAGCCAAGGUCAACAGAGCAGAUUUCAUAUUAUCUCACCUGCAACAAAGAGAUUUAAUGCACCAUCUCAAGCCAUAUCAUUAACUGACAAAUGCUCUAAUUAUUCUAUGAGGGCAGAGCAAUGGAGAUUUAGCGGGAGGGUAGGGGGAGGACUAAGCCGGGCAAUUAGGAAAAGCAAUCUUUGCUCCCUGAGGUGGAUGGAUAGAGAGAGAGAAAGAGAGAGAGAUAGAGAGAGGUGAGUAUUAACGCAGUACAUGUCUCUUUAAAUGAAGGGAGAGCGAGGGAGAGAGAGCAUGUGCAAGGGGGAGGGGGAGUUGGCUGCGUUGGAACAGUCCGCCUCUAAUGAGCAGAUUUGAGAGACACCAGUGUGAGAGAGAGAGAGAGAGACAUCCAAGCAUAUGGGGGAAUAAGAUGACGACGGAGAAAAAGACCAUCAGCGUCACAUGAAAAUCAUUCCAACAAUGUGAUUGAGUCAAGGAAGAACAGAAGAAGGUAAAUCAGAAACAAUGAAUCUGGUUUUCCCACCUGCAAGCAAACCGGAGCACAGGAUUUUUAUACAGACCUGAAAAGAGAGCAGAGAGGAAGGCAGAGACAACGACAAAACAGUGCCCAGAUAAGGAAUUAAUCACAUCAGUUUGUUUACGAUCAAGCUGUGCGCUCAUCCAGAGCUGGCGAGAGCGUGCGUAUAUAUGCAUGCGAUUGUGUGUGAAUAGAGACUGCAUUGCUGCUAACUGACAGAGACUGAAGCUUGCAAAAUCCAUCGCUCUUUUUUUCUUGUUUCUUUUGCACUCUGUCUCUCUGUGUGGCAUCAGCAUGUCGGGUGGAUUUGGUACAACAGUAAGUGAGCUCCUGGCAGAGGGGAUGCAUUUGUAAAUGCUACCUGCUUGCUUCAUCUAUCGGCCGUCACUCUGAGGGCUCACAGGUUUCUAGGUGGAGCCUGGUGGUCUCAGCAACUGGGAGGGGAAGUGAAACAGCUCAAAGCCCCAGAGAGGGAGAGCGGGAGUGAGGGUAGGUGUGUGCUGGCACAGUGGCCCUCUGUGGAGGCAGGAACAAGGAGGGGGCCAGAGCACCAGAACCGAGAGAAUUGUUUCUGCGCUGGUAACGGUAGAACAAGGCGCAUGGCUGGCGUGGGCCCACUUUCAUCACUAAGAAGCAACUGCAGGAAAGCAACUUGUGAAUAAAAAGCUCCACUCCUGGAGGAGGAUGGUCUGAGAGGGCUCAAGCUGCUCCUGCCUAGUUUGACAGGAGGGGACUACUGCCCAGGAGGGCUCCUCUUUCUUUCUUUUAACUUUUUGCAUUGUUUUUGUAAGGCCAAUCAAGGGAGCGUUUACGGGUUUUUUCCUUCCCCAGUUUUCCACCAACACCCUGGCCCCAUUUCCAAGUCUGAUUUUGUUUGGGUCUUACUUCUUUUUCUUUUCUUUUUGAGAUUUGGGGUAUUUGCCAAAACCUAUUUCAUGCAUGUCCACUGGGGGCAGGUUCAACUUUGAUGAUGGGGGAUCAUACUGUGGAGGGUGGGAAGAGGGAAAGGCCCAUGGCCAUGGCAUUUGCACAGGACCUAAGGGCCAAGGCGAGUAUGCAGGCUCCUGGAGCCACGGCUUUGAGGUGGUGGGCAUCUAUACAUGGCCCAGUGGGAACACCUAUCAGGGGACAUGGGCGCAAGGUAAGCGCCAUGGCAUUGGUGUUGAAAACAAGGGCAAGUGGGUUUAUAAAGGUGAAUGGACACAUGGAUUUAAGGGACGCUACGGUGUGCGGGAAAGCACAGGAAACAGCGGCAAGUACGAGGGUACGUGGAACAACGGCCUACAGGAUGGAUAUGGAACAGAGACGUACUCUGAUGGAGGUACAUACCAGGGCCAAUGGGUGGGAGGCAUGCGGCAUGGAUAUGGCGUACGGCAGAGUGUUCCGUACGGCAUGGCGGCCGUCAUCCGUUCACCUCUGCGUACCUCCAUAAACUCUCUACGCUCUGAGCACAGCAAUGGCACAGCUCUGCUGACUGGCGAUCGGGCGCCUGUGGCUGGCGUGGGGGGCGGCGGCGUCCUGGCAGCGGGCAGCCCGGCCGUGUCCCGUGGAGGCUUCGUUCUGACGGCCCACAGUGAGGCAGAGCUGUUGAAGAACAAAAAGAAGGGCCUGUUCCGUCGCUCGCUCCUGAGUGGCCUCAAGCUGCGAAAAUCCGAGUCCAAGAGCUCAUUAGCCAGCCAGCGAAGCAAGCAGAGUUCUUUCCGCAGUGAGGCUGGAAUGAGUACGGUGAGCUCCGCUGCAUCUGACAUCAACUCAACCAUCAGCCUUGGGGAAGGGGAGGGCGAGCUGCCAGUGGGCGAGGACGACGUAGACGCCACUACCACCGAGAGUUAUGCUGGCGAAUGGAAAAACGACAAGAGGACCGGCUGUGGGGUGAGCCGGCGUUCGGAUGGACUGCACUACCAGGGCGAAUGGUUGGGCAACAAGAGGCAUGGCUACGGAUGCACCACCUUUCCAGAUGGCACCAAAGAGGAGGGCAAAUACAAACAGAACAUGCUUGUCAGUGGCAAACGCAAAAACCUCAUCCCGCUACGUGCCAGCAAGAUCCGCGAGAAAGUGGACAGAGCAGUCGAAGCGGCAGACAAGGCCGCUGACAUUGCGAAGCAGAAGGCAGAGAUUGCGCUCUCAAGGACAGCUCACGCGAGAGGGAAAGCCGAUGCCGCGACAACGGCAGCGCAGAAAGCCCAGGAAGAGUGCAGGCUGGCCCGGAUCACCGCCAAAGAGUUUUCUCCUUCUUUCCAGCACAGAGGAAACAGAGUGGAGUGCCAGCGACCCAAACAGCAGAACUCGAGCGAGAACGAUGUGGAAGUGAUCUCCAGUGGGACUGCGGACAGUACUGAGCUCUAUAUGAAGGGCUCCACACCCCCGGACCUAACCCCAGACGUGAGCCCUACUACCAGCCGGCCCUCCACACCUCCCCGAAGCCCGACCACCAAAUCUUCCCACCGCACCAAAAAUGCCCGCUUCCUGCGACAGACUGCAGUGGAUGAGGAGCGUGGGGGAACGCAAGAGAUCCAGGUGCUGAUGGAGGGGAGAGGCGGUGGUGGUUCGGGUGGAGGUGGAGAGUACCUGAGGGCUAACAGCUGGAGUGAGGACAAGCGUGCCUCUCGUGGGGGCAGUAGUAGAGGCGGUAGUCAUGGCAGCAGCCGCUCUACAACCCCUUCAGUACAGGACGAGGUGCGGGUUGGGGCGACACGGGCCAAUGGCCACAAGCAUGCCCCCAAUCAUAAGCCUCGAGACCACAGCUCCUCCAAUCACAAAACGCCACGAGAAAGGAGGCCAGACGGACCCUCAGCAUCCUGGACAUCUCAGCGGGUACACGGGGACAGUUUGGCUCACUCCCGUCUCCUAGAGCAGGACGAGGAAAAACUGAGCAAUUACGAAAUGGAGAUGAGGCCGUUACAGCCAAUGGACUCCCAUAACUCCCAGAAGCCCUAUGGGCAUGGGGAGGAGUGGCAUGGUCACUCAGAGUCCCGUGCACAUACACUACAGCGACGGGGUAAAAAUCGCGAGCGGGACGUCCGGGAUGCCUCAGGGCCUAGGGAUGCCAGGGAGGGGCCGGCUCCAGACUCGGUGCAAAAGUUGGACAGUCUACGAGGGGGAGAAAAGUUAGAGGCUCGGCCCCUCCGUAGGGACCUCACACUCUCACCCCCACAGAAAUCCCCACCUAUUGCACUAGAGCACGAUGACGAGAAUCAGUCUCAGCUCAAAGUGAACUCGGGCUCCAACUCAAUUCUGGUAGUCAUGGUGAUUUUGCUCAACAUUGGAGUCGCCAUUUUGUUUGUCCAUUUUUUUAUUUAAACUCUGCAUUGCCUAUCAAUUCCUCUUGUCCAGCUACACUAUUAUCAAAUCAAUACUAGUAUCAUCACGACUGAUCUGGUCCCGGCCCGUUUUUUUAAACAAACGACCAAUAUACUUCUAUUGAAGUUACAGCACGUCAGUAUGAGGACUGAGGAAGGCAACAACACAAAACUGGGCUCAGCGGUUCUGUCUGCUUUUCUGUCUCCAAAGAGCUCAUUUUGAUUUCUUAAUUUCAUUUUUUUUUUAUCUGAAAUAGUUAAAAGCAUCCUUUUGAACUUCUAGUUUUAUCCAAUGUAUUCACUCACUCAUUAAGGCUGAUAUAAAUUGAUAUAUUUGUUUCUCUUUUUUAUUUCAUAUUCUUACUUGCCUUUUUCUUGACAAUGCUGGUGGCUUUCUUCGGUUUUCAUUUGGUUUUGGUUUGUAUUUGGGUGUUGGACUCAUUUGAACGGUGGCUUUGGUGAGGGAGGGUGUGCAAGGUGGCGUAAGGGUGAAGGGCGACCACCAUCAACAUCUUUUCGGGUGAUGGCAGCGUUACAACAGCUAUGAUGUCAAAACAGGUUCAAAGUGAUGGGAAACGGCCCCUGUCUAACACCACCCGCCUCCCUCGCGCACCACUCCUAAGCAUUGCUUAUGUUUCUCCAUGUCUUCGUUUUCGUCACUCAUCAGAAUUACAUGCCAAGCGCUCCUCUCAUUUCCUGCACACCUCCAUUUUCCUUCUGUGUGGUAUGUCAACUACCAGUGGACCCCAGAAUGUCAUGGUGGGCCUGAAAUGAGAAGUAAAGACACUUUUGAAUUAUAAUGGACCUAAACUAAGGCUUUUUGAUGUCUAAACACCUUUGAAUUUUCCUAAAAAUGUUGCGUAUGUCGAAAAGAAAUCGGCUAAACAAGCACAACCACACCAAAGUGGGUUAGUAAAAGUUCAAGACUGGUAAUCACGGAGACACAGUGCCACCAGCGUUUCUGCAUUUGCAACAUUUGCACUCGGGCGAAUCUGACCCAUAUGCAUUUGGAAAAAUUCCCAGAUCCAAAAGUUCUACGAUCUGAAAGGGCUUCAUCAUUAAUCUUGCUCCAAAUGAAACAUUUUUUUUUCCAGCAGAAUAAAUCAUAACACAGUUUGACUCAUUUAUCUUUUCAUAAACAGGUCCUGCAUGUUAGAUUAUACACUGUACAUUCAACACAACGUAGCAUGGGUUUGAUCUUUGGAAGCACUUUCUUCAGUUUGAUCUUUUCCGCAGCAUUAUACGUUAUUUAAACAUUGUUUGAAUGUUGUAUGAGGGCUAGCACAUGACAUUCUGUGAGGUCAUCAUUAUAAAUCUCUUUGUGACGCCAACUCCCUCACCCCCCCCCCCCCCUCCAACUCUCUUUGAUGAAAUCACGAGAAUGUGCGAGCACCUGCCGACCUCACCAUGCACACCUGAAAGCCAUGCUGCGCGAGAUGCUGGCGUUCCCGACCAGACAUUCAAGAGACUGUUAACGUUUUUUUCCCAACUGCUGCUUUCAAAAAAAAACAAAUAUUUAUUGACAAAAAGAAAAAAAAAAAAAAAAAAAAAAAAAAACUUUUUUAGCUAUUUGCAAGACGUCUGAAAAAUGCCGACUGCCUUGUUUUUCUAAAAGUAAAAGAAAAAAAAACAAAGUUGCAUGCUAAUGUAUGUUUAGUUUUGUAUAGAUAACCUUAUCGGGAAAAAAAAAAAAAAAACGUACAGAAAAGUGUUAUAGCAGUUUUGGACAUGGAUUUCAUUUGGACUUGCAUCAAAACGUUCAACACAAUCUCAAGCGGAUUCGUAAGUAUUGUACGAAUUGGCGAUUUUGUAUGAAUUCAUACGACUUGACGCGUAAAAAAAAUUUAUGUUUUGUUGGUGUAAGCAGACCCUACAAAAACGUACAAAUGAGAUUAAACACAAACUUUCAAAAGAGUGUGUUGAAAUCUUUUACCUUAUUGGCCAACGGCAUGAUACACAGUGAAACAGGUCUGAUCGGGCAUGCCAAUGAUGAACCCGAGGUCCAAGUGCUGGUCUCGGCAUCCAGAGGCCUUUCCGCCCCAAAAUCAGAGAUGAAACUAAAACGAGUGAAACAAACAAUCAAAGAGAGGUGUUUUGUUUAUUUUUUUAUAGCCAGCUAACAGAACGCAAAGACUGAGAUGUUUUUAUAGCAUGUGUGUAUGGGCUUGUACUCUCACCCUUGAGUCUGUCCUCCUGGCAAUGAUUCAUUCACAGUUUGUGUACUCUUUCUCUAUCCCUAUUUCUCGCCCAACUCCCUUCCUGCCCCAUAUUUCUCCGUUUCUCUAUCCAGCCGGAAAAAAAAAAAAAAGAAAAAUUAAACAUCAAAUGUACAAAUGACAACUAUGCUGAUGUAAAGGAACGCAAGCUGGGGGCCCAAAUGUAUGGAGUCGUGCAUUUGCUCACCUCGACUUGAGUCCUUGGGUUGGUCCAAGAAGUUUGCGAAUCGCUGACUGGAUACUUUGAUACCACAACGGCUGUAUGUGACGGGGAUGGUGGGAUUCCAAAGGGUCUUUGAAGCAGGAAGUUGCUGCAGUUGACCCGCACCGCCGGCUCUUGUACCGUUUGACCUGGAUGUAUCCGUCACCCUAUGCGCCUAUAGCAUGCCCAAGCAUGCCCAGUUCUUUUAUCUCUCUCUUUCUCUUCCUCUAUCAUUCAGUUCUUUACUUUUCCUGGGGGUUUGUUUCUUUUUGAGUUAUAUGGAGAAAAUAAUGAAAGUGUUUGAAAGUAA